AUGUGUGGUAUCAUCGGUUUAAUAUUGGCGAACCCCAAGUCGUCCGCCGCCGUCGAUCUUCACGAAGCGCUCUACCUUCUACAACAUCGAGGCCAAGAUGCUGCGGGUAUUGCAACGUGCGCGGCAGGUGGUCGCUUCUACCAGUUGAAGGCCAACGGUAUGGCAGCCAAGGUUUUCAAUGAUGGUGCGAGAGUGGCGGACCUUCCAGGCUUCAUGGGCAUUGGACAUCUGAGAUACCCAACUGCUGGAAGCAGCGCGAAUGCCGAGGCUCAACCCUUCUAUGUGAACAGCCCCUACGGUAUUUGCCUGGCCCAUAACGGAAACCUGAUCAAUGCUCCCGAGUUGAAAAGAUACUUGGAUCUCGAGGCCCACCGUCACAUCAACACCGAUAGUGAUAGUGAGCUGAUGCUGAACAUCUUUGCCGAUGAGCUCAGCGAGACCAAGAAGGCGCGUGUGAACAGGGAAGAUCUCUUUGCAAGCCUUAGCAGGAUGUACGAGAGAUGUCAGGGUGGCUGGGCUUGCACGGCGAUGCUGGCAGGGUUCGGUAUUCUCGGUUUCCGUGACUCAUACGGUAUCCGUCCUCUGGUUCUUGGUUCCAGACCCUCCCUGGACGGCCCCGGCACGGAUUACAUGAUGGCCUCCGAGUCGGUUGCCCUGCACCAGCUUGGAUUCAGCAACUUCCGUGAUAUCCAGCCUGGUGAAGCCGUUAUCAUCGAAAAAGGUGGAGAGCCGGUCUUCCGCCAGGUGGCGCCGAAGAAGGCAUAUGCUCCCGAUAUUUUCGAGUAUGUCUACUUCGCACGUCCCGACUCCGUCAUCGACGGUAUCAGCGUUUACCGGAGCCGUCAGCGCAUGGGUGAUCGCCUUGCCGCGAGAAUCGUCGAUGUUCUCGGACCUGAAAUUGUCAAGGACAUCGACGUCGUUAUUCCCAUUCCUGAAACCUCAACCACGUCGGCUGCAGCGGUUGCUCGUUAUCUCGACAAGCCGUACUGCCAGGGUUUCGUCAAGAAUAGAUAUGUCUUCCGUACCUUCAUCAUGCCUGAACAAAAGACUCGGCAAAAGGGUGUCCGUCGCAAGCUGAACGCCAUGCAAGCCGAGUUCAAGGACCGAAAUGUCCUCUUAGUAGACGACAGUAUCGUGCGCGGUACCACCAGCAGAGAAAUCGUCACCAUGGCGAGGGAAGCUGGGGCUAAGAAGGUCUACUUUGCUAGUUGCGCGCCUGAGAUCACACACGCUCACGUGUACGGUAUCGACUUGGCAUCGCCUAGCGAGCUCGUUGCACACGGCCGCGACGCUGACAGUAUCGCAAGACACAUUGGCGCUGACAGCGUCAUUUUCCAGACUCUGGACGACUUGAUUGGUGCCUGUGCCGAGAUCACUAAGGAAAACGGAUUGCGCGAACCUGUCAACUUCGAAGUUGGAGUCUUCUGCGGCAACUACAUUACUCCCAUCGAUGACGGCUACUUUGACCAUCUCGAGAAGAUUCGCGGCGAAGGACGCAAGAUCAAGGCUGUUGACCGUGCCAAAGAGGCUGUCACUCAUGGUUUCGCCAAUGAAGAGGACUACCAGAUUGCUGCUAAUGGAGUUAAGCUCGAUCAACAUGGCAAGAUCAUUCCUGCCAAUUACCCUGGAGAAUCCGAAGUGCCUCAGGUGGGCUUCAACCGGUGCAACAAAGCCAUGACGCACGAAGAGGAACCUCCCAAGGUUAAGGAUCGUAUGGAUAUCAGCAUCCAUAACAUUGCUGAUCACGAAUGA